UAAGCAAUUCAGUGCACUUGUGUGUAUAUGUAUAUCCUACAGAUGUUAACAAAGAGUAAACGAAAAAUACAAAUUUAAUCAAUACAGCAUUUGCAUAAGCCAUAACUUGAGUAAAACUGCUUUCUAAAGAGAGAAAGAAACCUGUUGGGUUGGUUUUCAAGUAUUUUUCACUUCUAAAUAUACCAGAUACCAAUAAGAAAGUUUACAAGAUUACAUACCACUUUAGGUCUGGGAUUUGAUCUGCAGAUAACAAAACACUACUAGUUGUUCCACUUUUGUCUUCUUCAGGGCAAAGCCCCAAAAGCUUUACAGCCCUAGUAAGGAUUGACCUUACCCUCAUGGUCACCCACUGAAUAAUCAAUUACUGACAAAAUGAAAUAUAUCAUUUGUUCUCUUUGACACAUUUCAAAUAAAACGUGAAGCCAUACAUAAUGGAAAGUAUUCUGAGAGCUAACUAUACAGCUCUUUUCUCCUUCAAGAAGGAAAUGGUGAGUGUUCCAAGAUUGGUCUAAACUUUAAAUGCCUUUUGUCAUUACAGCUGCAUCAUUAUAAUACAUCACAAUGGAAAAACAGCUGACUAAGCAAGCCCAAGUUAAAUAAGCUCUUUACCUUCAUCAUGCUCUUUACUUUCCAUAUGUUUUCCCUUAUGACUACUUUGACUAUUAAAGAAUCACAGGGCCUUUUAAAAUGAACUUAGGUGGAAUCAUUUUUAAUGUUAGGACUGGAGGAGUUGGAAAUUUCUAAUGUUGCAAAUCUGUAAUCAGUAGACAAAGUAACAGUUUGACAAAUACUGGGCUGAAUCCAUUCAGAGUCUGUGACAUCAAUUUCAUGUCAAAUAAAGAAACUACAGUUUAUGAUGUGCAUUCUCCUUUUGAUAUAUGUUCGAUUUGGCGAAAACUUUACAGAUUCUUCAAUAUCUCGGCAAUGAGAAAUACAAGCAAGGACGUGACUCUACCUACCAGUCGCUAUGCCCCUUGUGACUGGUAUUACCAUCUUCCAUUGAAAAGAUCUGAGAAGACCUCAGAAGUUGUACUCCCUCCGACAUCUCAGAUUCCAGGCCUGAGUGAACUUGCAGAACCACAUAAUGAGGUUUCAUUUGGCUCCCGCAGAAACUGGAUAAAAGACACCGACUCCGAAUACGUCAAACUUGCAAAACAAGGCGGCAGACCUGAUUUAUUGAAACAUUAUGCUGCUGGUUCAAGAAAAGGAUCUCCUGUUGCAUAUUCUAUGCCUGAAUGGUAUACUCAUCACAGUAAACCACCAACUGCAGAUCAGAAAGAAAUCCAUGUAUCUUCCAUGCCAGAGUAUAUGAUAUAUGAAGAAUUUAAUCCUGAACAGGCUAAUGGUAGCUAUGAAUCCAAAAGGGGACCUUUUGAUUUUGAUAUGAAAACAGUUUGGCAGAGGGAAGCUGAGGAACAGGAAAAGGAGAAAAAAAAGGUAAAACUGCCAGCCAUUAACUCAAAAUAUGCAAGCAGAGCAGGAACUACUUCUAGUUCUAAAGAUAACAAUGCAAGGAAUAGGCUUUCAUUUCCUCCUAUGCCUGGUUACAAAACCAAUGAACCAACAAACUUCACAAAACUAAUUAGCAACGGUUAUAAGGAUGAGUGGUUACAACAUCGUGCAGACACAGAGAAAAAAUCUCCACCAUUAUCUAAAGUUUUGGAGGUACCUGAGUCACCUGCGACUGCGCUGUUGCCUCAAGAUUCAGAGGUUCCAGAAAGUGCUGAGAGGCUUGAAGGUACACCAGUAUCUGAGUCUGGAGAAACACCAUCAGAACUCAAAUGAAAUCUGUAGCUAAUACUAUAAAUGUUUUUUUUUUUAAUGCAAAAUGUAAUAAUACUGGGAGCACAACUAUAUUUAUAAAGCUAUAAUUAUUACCUUAUAUUGAACUAGAUUUUUAGGAGAUUAUCUAUCUUGCAGUGAAAUUUUAUAUUCCUGCAGUAUAGAUCAUGUAUUUUUCUUACUUUGUUUCAUUUUUCUGGACGGUAACAUAGGGUCAACAAAUUAAAAUAAGACCUUUUUGUUACCCCUCCUGCUGACCUGAUGAUUUCCCCAUAUCAUUGAUACCAAUUAUUUUUUCCCCUAUAUAAAACCAUAGGACAUAGAAGCUACUGCUCGGGCUACUGUUGAAUGGUAUUUCUGCUGAAAUAGACUAUUGAGAUUCUAAUAGCUUAUAGGUUAUAGUGUUGAAAGUAAAAGGAUCUAAAUAAAAACAAGGUACAAGAUGAUAUUCGAGUACUAUUUGGCACUUUAAUUCCUUCUUGAAACAAUUUUGUAUGUCUUUUGAAUGUUAUAUAUUCAGAAUGCUUAAUAUAUUUAAUACUAGAAUAUUAUACUAUCAGUACGUGUUAAGUAAAAAAGCUUUUUGUCAAUUGUAUCUGCCUUGGAAGUUAUUAAACAUUUAAUAUAAGAACAUUAUAAUGUCCACUUAAGUUAAAGCAAGUUUUGUUAAUACUUUUUCUAUGUAAUUGAAAAUGUAGAAUAUAAAAAUAUUUAGUAUGAGAAUGUUUAUUACUUUUUAAGCAACAUUAUUUAAUUUUAAUAUUGGUUAUGUAAUCUAAAAAUCUGACUAGAAAAAUAGUUUUACAAUAAUCAUAUUGUUAUCUCAUUUUAUGAAUUUUGUAUUAUGGAUUUCAUGAAUUUAAUUUUAAGUAAAUUUAUAUUAGAAUGUGCUUUUACAAUUUGAAUUUGAUUCGCAAAUGAAUUUAUUAAGAAUUUUAGAAACUCUAAUAUUUUCAAAUGUUUUCUCCAGAAUUAAGUUAUCAUGCACUUGCUCAUUUAAAAUUAAAUUUUCAAAAUUAAUUGCUUAAA